GUUUAAAGCCAGCCUGGCCUACAUAAUAUGUUCCAAGACAGCCAGAGCUGCAAUAAUGAGACCCUCUCUUAAAAAGCAAAUAACAGCUACAAAACAGAUUUUUCUUUCUUUCUUUCAUGGUUCUGGCUGCUGAGAAAUGCAAAGUCAGGAGACCAGUGUCUGGCAAGGAAUCAGCAUCUGGCAGUGGUUGCCUUGAUGUGUGGGUUGGCUGCUUUCUGUUUGCUCAGACCAUACACUGGCAGAAACACCUAAUGGAGGCUGGGUAGAUUUGUCUCAUGCUUUCGGAGAGUUCAGUCGUGGUCAUUUGACCCAUGUAGUUGGCAGACCAUUGCGGUAGUAACACGUAUGUUCUCCAAGUCUUGAUGAUUGGGAGAUGGGGGGGGGGUGAGAGGAAGGGACUAGGAGUACUACACCCCAAAGGACCCACCUCCAGUGACAUACUAGGUCCACUUUUUAAAGUUCCUAUAACCUAAAAUAGUUCAGCGGGCAGAGAACAAGCUUUUAAAACAUGAGCUUGUGUGGGCGGGGCUAGGGUGCUUCAAAUUCAGUCACUAGCACUGUCAUCCCACCGUGGAAGGCAGAGGGCCAGAAGAGCAUACGUAAACAGAGAAAGAAGAGGGCUGAACCCAUCCUUUCAUGAGAAAAUGACUCCCCCAGAAAAUGGUCACUCCUGAGCCUAGAGUGGGCCCUGCAUGAGAAACCAGGUGACAAUGGAGCUCUGUCUCCUAAGCACAGAGGUGCUGGACAAGCUUGAGAGCUGGCAGCAUGGCGCUCUGGUAGCCUGAGUCACACUGCUACUUAGGAAGAGUUCUGCGGUGUAAGCCAGAGUCUACACAUGUCAUGUGGCUAAGGCCAGGGACCCACAAGCCGGUCCUUCCCUUUUGCUGGACUGCUAUUCUGUGGGAGCACCCUUCCCUGUGGCAGGGUCUGUAACAGUUGACCAGGUUCCAGCUUUUGGGUGGCCCGUUGGGUCGUGCCUCUGUUGCCAUGACUUGGUCACCCUUCUGAUGACUGAUCACUCCUGUUCCCUUAGCUGUCACAGUGAGAAGGUUGGAUUAUAAACAGGAACUUCCAUUCUUUUGGCUCUCUGACCCCUUCUUGAUGGUGAGCCUUCCCUGAUCCCCCAUAGUUGUCUGCUUAGUGCACCUGGGUGGUAGACAUUCCUAUGUCAUAAUUUGCAUGACCUUUAAAGGACAGUAGCAUCUGAACAUGUUUAAACAGUAACUAAAGUGUGUAAGCAAAACAUGUAUAUUUGGUCUGCAGGAGGCAUGUGUAUGCCUAUUUGGACCCUGGGCCUGUUGUCACAGACCUGGGGGUCUGUAGCUCACUCAUGAGGACUCAGCAGCUUCUUCCCACUCUACCAACCAGCCCCCAUGGCUCCCAGGCAUUGGCUGAUAGGAUACCAGAAGGGAGAGGUGGAAGAGGACAACCCAGAAAGGACCAGAGGACACAGCUGUAGCAGAGAUGCCAAAGGUGCCCAUCAGCUUCAAGGACCUGGCCGUGCGGUUCUCUGAAGAGGAGUGGCGACUCCUGCAGGAGGGGCAGCGGGAAUUCUACAGAGACGUGAUGCGGGAAAACUACGAGACGUUGGUGUCUGUGGGGACCUCUGAGCUGCUUCCUCUCUCUGCUUUCCUGUCACCCACAGAGCCUGGAGGAGCCACCGCGGGAGAGAGCCACCAUGAUAAGGGACAAGAACCCCCACUGGAUCGUGGUUCCCAGGGAGGGCAGCCCCAGCAGAGCCUACACCUCACCGCCUUAGUGCAGCUGGUGAAGGAGAUUCCAGAGUUCUUGUUUGGAGAAGUGAAGGGCACUGAGGACCACUCCGACAGUGGAUGCGCCUGUCUGGAUGGGGAGCGAGCGAGCCCCGCAGUAGCUGGGGCUGUGGAAACUUACCCUCCCCGAGGCCUGCUUAGUUCUCUUCCGGAGAGCCCUGCAAGCCACCCCAGCCUGGCCACCACACCCACCAGCAGCUCAUCUUCCAGUGGCCCUCCUGGAGACUGGGCACAAGAAAGCCCCCUGCCUACCAUAGGAACUGCUGACAAACCACUGUCCAUAGAGAAGGAAGGCUUAGGAGAGACUUCCAUUCAUCCCACUCAAAGCCUGGACCAGAGCAAGAGCUACCUAAGACAAGAUAGAAGUGACCCAGGAACAGGAACCUCUCCCGAGAACAGUCCCUUGCAAGGCCUCAUCAACUGUCUGAAGGAAAUCCUUGUGCCUGGGCCCCAGCACCAUGGGACAGCCACAGACUUGCCAGCUUCUCUGCCUGGCCUGAGUGUGUUGAAGCAGAGCAGAGCUGAGGUGGAGCCAGGGAGCCUGCCCUGUCCGGUGAAGACGGAGGCAAUAUCCGGGGAUUGUCCCCUUCAAGGCCUGCUGAACUGUCUAAAGGAGAUCCCAGAAGCCCCAGACAGGCGUCCCAGCCCCUCAGGAGCAGGGGACUUGCAGCUGCAGGAGGAUCCAGGAAAAAGGAAUUCUGGAGGGAUGCGACGCCCCCAGACUCCUCCUCUCCGCCGUAGUCAUGGAGCUGGAAGUAUGCUUGCCGUGGUGAAGGUAGAAGAUGGCUGGGUCCAGAGUCCCCCAGUGCCAGCACCUUGCCAGCUUAGCAGGCAAGGCCACGGUCCCUAUUUCACUGGAGAUAGCAGAGAGGUCCGUGUGCCCCGCUGGGGUCCCAUGACUCUCGCCGGCAGGGCCUCAAGCUCACCCCUAGAAGCUCUGGAGGCCUGUCUGAAGGGCAUUCCUCCAGGCAGGUCAUCACCUCUUCAGCCGCUAGCCACCUCAUGGUCCAGAAGUCCCCAGCCAGGAGAUGCUGGCUCUCAGAGACUUGAGCCACAGCCACAAGGAUCUCACAGUACAGAUGCUUCAAGAGAGCCACUUCUGCCUCUGAGCUUGCGGGGCUACAUGAGAGAGGGACCUGGGAUUCAAUCCUCUGGCUCCCAGGGUACCCCUACCAGCUUCUCCUCAGCCAGCAGCAGUGAUGGGGAUCUGGAUUUCAGGAGCCCCAGGAGCAGUCAGGGGCAACGGCUUGGGAAAGGAUAUCUACCAGGAAACUCUCCACUCCAGGGCCUGGAGAACUGUCUAAGAGAGAUCCCCAUUCCCAGGCCACAGGCUGCCUGGCCUUGCUCCUUGGCUGCAGACAGGGGGUCGAAGAGAACAGAGCCCAGGAGCUGGACUGCAGACACAGAAGGACCGAGGGCCGAGGCCUGUGAGCCACCCCACCUCAGACAGGGUCGAGGAGAAGUGCCCAGCAGGAGUCUCCACAGUCUCCACCAAGUGACUGCCAGGCCAGGACCAUGGCAAUGGCCAAAAGAUGAGACAGCCACCAUGCCCUCCCCUCUACACUGCCUGGAGAGCUCCCUGAGGGGGAUCUUGCCUGUGAGACCCCUGCGUUUUGCCUGCGUGACUGGUCCUGACCCCAGUCCCAGCCCCUGCUCCAGCUCCAGCUUCAGCAGCUCUGAUGGAGAAGACCUAAGGCCAGAGCCUGCAUUCUGGCAGCCACCCCUCCAGAAGAAAGACCACCUUCCCUCCAGCAAGGGUCCUGUCCCUCUGUGCCCUGUCCCUGGAACAUUCCCAGGAGUCAACAAUAGCUGUCUUGCUGAAGAGCCUGACAGAUCAGAGUCCAGGGACUGCAGCAGCCCCAAUACAGGAAGAGCAGAAGGAACAGGAGUCAAGUCCCAGUCACCCAGAAGAGAAGGAGCUACAGAGCACACAUGCCAGCCUGGCCCUGUCAGCAGUGCCGAAGGAAAAGGAGGAGUGCUCGAUGCUCUUUCUGCAGAGGCAGCUGGGUGCCCAUGGCCUGCCUCUCAGCUGGAAGAAAGGCCUGAGCCCAAGGGUGCUGAAGACACCAGUGACCUGGAGCCUGGACAUGGGCAACCCAGUGCCACAGCCAGGACUCAAGGGAAGCUGCUCUCUGGGGACCCUCUGGAGCCACCUAGCAACUCUCCCCUUCCCACAACUGUCUUGUCAAAGUGGCCACCCACUUCUUUCCAGACACCAUGCCCCUGUGGCAGAUUCCUGCAGCAGGAGCUGCAUAGCCUGGGUACUGCCCUCACCGACAAGCUGGACCAGCUUGCAGCAGCCUUGGCAGGCCUGACUCAGGAAGUGGCCACCAUGAGGACUCAGAUGGACCAGCUGGGAAGGCGCCCACAGAGCCUUGGACCAAAAGGCCAGGCUUCCUGGCGGUUGACCCUCCCCCGGAGACCUCGCUGGGCCAACAGACUGGACCACAGACACCUACCCUACUGGAGACAGAAGGGCCCCACCAGGCCCAGACCAAAGAUCCUGCGAGCCCAGGCGGAAGGCUGCAAGGCUGGUGACCGCCCAGGACUCUCUAGAGGAAAGGGCAAUUUGGUGCCUCAGCUGCCUCCAGAUGGUUCCUUAGUAGAAUCUUCCAGGCCCACCGGUAGCUCAUCCCAGCAGAUCUCCUCAGCACCUGGAGGCCACACUGUGCUGACUGCACACCCCCUUCUGGAACACACUGGAUGCCACCAGAAUCCCCCCUCCCCUUCAGUGCCUACUGCCUUGGUUCCCCUUGUGGCCUCACCAGCAACCAGUGCAGACACAGAACCUCAGGCUGCUGGAGGGGCAGCAAUCAGCAUUCCAAACCAGCACAAGGAACCUAACAGCCUGCUAGGGGGAGCCCUCAGCAAAGACCUCUGGGGAGGUGACCACAGGGAUCCACGGUGGGGGGCCCAUUAACUGUACUGUUGUCUGCUCAGGCUUGCUGAGGAUGCUGGGUGGCCAGGAUGCCUGGUAGGACCCUCUGGGGUACAACCAUCGUAGGCUGCCUGCUUCCAGGGGCUGUGUCUUCCUUACCUGCUCAGCCAGCCCUCUGAUUACUGCUCCAAGUCCAGCCCUUUGCCUCUGCCGUGCCGGGCCCCCACGGUGUCUGCACAGAGCCGCUAUAGAGGUGUUCCUCAGCCAUACCUCUGUCUUCUUGGCUCAGGUUCAGUCAGCCGGUUGCUCUUCCUCCUUAGCAGAGCCAUCUAGGUUCCAAGUGGGUGUCAUGCAUACCACAUAUGCACAGAGCCAGCUGCAGAGGGCACCAUGAAGGCACCUUAAUCUCCUGCUCCUGAUCUCAAGGACACUAAAAGGCCAGUCUUUGUCUGUCUAGAGUGAAUAUUCACAGAUCUCAUUUAGGGAGAGCCUGGCCUGUGGUCUAAGCUGAACUGACCCACAUGGAUUCUAAAAUUAAACAUAUUAGCUGCUAAGAAAAGGCCAUUUGGCUUCAACGGAAGAGUGCUCAGAGGGACGGGGCACUCGGGCAUGGUUGCCUGGAUUGUCACCAGUACAGUGAGAACUAGGCAGCUUGUGCUUCCCUCUUCCACACACACACACCUCAAGAGAACUGAGCGUGCGCAGCAAGGCUGGGGACAGGAUGCACGUGUGCCAGUCUCCUAGGCUGUGUACAAAGUGUCACAGACUUAGUCUGGGCAGCUUAAAUCAGGGGUCCCAAAUCAAGGUCUUGUCAGGGUUGGUUCUGCAGAGGGUAUCUGGCUCUGUUGGGGCUGUCUUCAUGCUCAUGGUUUCUUCUAUGAGUCUUUUCUCCAAAUGCCCCUCCUGCCAGGACACAGGAUGUUUUGGUUGGCACUCAUUCUCAUUUGAACUCAGUCUUCUCUAAAGACUCCAAGGAACGUCACAUUCUGAAGUGCCAGGGGCACAGCAUCAGCAUGGUCAGCCUUUCGACAUUAUGAGAAAGUGUUGUCAUCUAGAAAGUUCACCUUCAAGAACCAGACAGUUGAGAUUAAAAAACAAAAAGCAAAAAACAAAAAAACCUCCUGUUUUAAAUCCGUUUACAAGUUUGUUUGUGUUGGGUUGCAUAUGUAGCAUUUCUCAGCUAUGUGCAGUUGGACGUGCCUGUUAGGAUUAAACCUUCAGCAUAUAAUCGGGGAGGAGGGCCACUCUUGGGUUUAGCCUGGCUGACUAGAUGUCACUCUAUCUGCUUCUGCCGUGGUGAGAUGCUUGGUAAUGUAGCACGGCUAGCCAUCCACAUUUACCCAUGUCGUCCUUCGGAGUUGAUCUGAAUUCCUUUUGAACCUGAGUACUUUCCAGGAGUUGCACCUGUAUGCAUGGGAGCUGGAAAGGCCAGGACCUGAGCUACCUGCUGAAGCUCAGGAUGACAUGACCUUGUCCGUGAUAACCACAAGCAGUUACUUGUGGCUGCUUUGCCCUGUGACACUCUAAAGUUGUGGUCUCUGGAGAUAUCCGAGACUCGAGUGCCCCUCAGGCCUGGGCUUGGUGAGUGUGAUUUGGGCAGACACAGUCACAAAAGAUCAUU